AUGGCAAAUGUUGAUACACCUACAGAUGCACUAACAACUAGACAGAAUAGUGCCCAAAAAAUUAGAUUGUGCAGGACCGAACACAUGUUUUUGGCUUCAGACGAGAGCAUAAAAGCUGUGAGGUUGAUGAUAGUAGCCAUUACACCAAAACAGAAAAAAGUUGCAAUUGACCUGUUGCUACCUUAUCAGAGAUCAGAUUUUGAGGGGAUCUUCCACGCAAUGGACGGUCUCCCGGUGACAAUCCAAUUGUUGGAUCCUCCACUUCAUGAGUUUAUUCCCGAGGGUGAGUUACAUCAUAUUGUCAGGGAGCUAACUUCGGAGACAGGAAUCAAUGAAGAAGAAAUCUUCUCUAGAAUUGAAAAACUAUCAAAAGUGUAUCCCAUGCUUGGUUGCCGAGGCUGCAGGCUAGGAAUAUCAUACCUGAAACUAACUGAGAUGCAGGUUCGUGCAAUCUUUGAGAUUGCAGUUUUAGUCAGUAACCAUGGCAUUAAAGGUCAGUCAGAAACAAUGGUUCCACUUGUCAGUACACCUCAGGAGUUGAAGUAUCAAGAAAAUGGUAAAGUUCAAGGAGAGAGGCAAAGGAAGCAGCUCAAGAAAACUGAAGAAAGAUCUCAGCAAGGUGACAUGCUACAACUGUAA